AUCCUAUCACCCACACCCAUAAUUACACAAUUGAUCAACGAACUAUCGUCCUGUCACGCAAGAAGGGGUACAUCUAAUUAGCUCUCUCCACCCGACUGUAUAGCGGCCUUGAUCUGGCUGCCCUCAACCAUGUCGUCCCUUUUUGACGCCGUCCUUCAAUCCGAGCUAGACUCGAACGCCGGCUCUCGCGACCAUCGUCUGCACUCAGAUCAACUUCCCAGCUCUCGGCCACAUCCCCCCUCGGAGAGCAAUGGCCCUAUGAGCGAUAUGCACGCAUUCCCUGACGAUCAAGUCGUUGAAUCGAAUUCGACCGUGACCCGCCGCCGAAAUCCAUAUGUGAAAGCUCCUCCUCCCUUGGUCGACGUGGCGGGCGAGAAAGUACAGCAGGCUUUCGAGGAAUUGCUUGAGACUUAUAGGGAGGAGCCUACCUGGUCUGCGCCGCCGCCUUCUUCGGAAAUUCUCAGCGACAAAUACUACAUUGCUCAAAUCCAUGGCAUGAACAAGCAUUCACUGUCCACACUCUAUGUGGAUUUCACCCACCUAACAUCACUUGACAACCCGAUUCUAGCGGACGCCAUUGUCAACCAAUUCUAUCGAUUCCAUCCAUUCCUCACCAAAGCGCUGCACAAUCUUAUUGCGAAAUAUGAGCCCGACUUCUAUACCCACCAUCGCAAAGUUGAUAAAGUGAACUCAGAUGCUGGCACGUCGAUGAUGGGGGGCAACUCAAGUGUUAGUAUAUCCGACAAACAUGAGAUGGGAGAGUACGUCCAAGAGCGGACACGUCACCAGCAGACAGAUAAAUUGUUCUCUCUCGCUUUUUAUAAUUUGCCCCUUGUCUCCCGUUUGCGCCAACUCCGAACCUCACAGAUCGGAAAAUUGCUCUCCAUCUCUGGCACUGUCACACGGACGUCUGAGAUUCGUCCGGAGUUGUCCCUGGGUACUUUUAUUUGUGAGAACUGCAAGACGGUGUGCCCCGAUGUUGAACAAACAUUCAAGUAUACGGAGCCUUCGGAAUGCCCGAACCAGUCUUGCGGAAACCGCUCUGGUUGGCGUCUAGACAUUGGCAAGAGCACUUUUGUUGAUUGGCAAAAAGUGAAACUACAGGAAUCAUCACAUGAGAUCCCUACUGGCAGUAUGCCCCGUACUAUGGAUGUCAUACUUCGCGGUGAGAUGGUCGAUCGUGCCAAGGCUGGCGAACGGUGUAUCUUCACCGGCACUUUGAUCGUUGUCCCCGACGUCAGUCAACUUGGACUGCCUGGUGUGCGACCUGAGGCCGUCCGUGAUGACUCUGCAUUCCGCAGCGGAGAUGUUGGUGGCGGAGGGCUCACUGGUCUGAAGGCUCUUGGUGCGAGGGAUUUGACCUACCGUCUUGCCUUCCUCGCCUGUAUGGUCACCCCAGACACGACUACACCCGGUCAGCAAACCAAUCAGCAAUUGAAUGGGCAGUCUCAUAAUAUUCUUGCUUCCCUCAACCAACUCACAGAGCCUGAAGAUAAUGAAGACAAGGCCCAGGAAGCGUUUCUUCACACCUUAACACCUUACGAAGUUGAGGAUCUAAAGGGACUCGUCCACUCGGAUUAUAUCUAUUCUCGGCUUGUGGACUCCAUCGCUCCUAUGAUUUAUGGCCACCGUCAGAUCAAAAAAGGAUUGCUUCUACAACUAAUUGGCGGAGUCAGCAAAUAUACAGCGCAGGAGAACAUGCAGCUCCGUGGUGAUAUCAACGUAUGCAUUGUUGGUGAUCCCUCGACAAGCAAAAGUCAAUUCUUAAAAUACAUUUGUUCUUUACACCCUCGCGCGGUCUACACAAGUGGAAAGGCCUCGUCAGCUGCUGGUUUGACUGCUUCGGUUGUGAAGGAUGCUGAGACUGGUGAAUUCACUAUUGAAGCCGGUGCUCUGAUGCUCGCGAACGGCGGUGGCAUUUGUGCUAUUGACGAAUUCGACAAAAUGGACGUCAGCGACCAAGUUGCUAUCCACGAAGCUAUGGAACAACAGACGAUUUCGAUUGCUAAGGCAGGAAUUCAUACGACUCUCAACGCACGUGCAUCUAUCCUCGCUGCAGCUAAUCCUAUUGGUGGACGAUACAACCCCAAGGCCACUCUGCGAGCCAAUCUCAACUUCAGUGCUCCCAUCAUGAGCAGAUUCGAUUUGUUCUUCGUGAUUCGGGAUGAACCCAAUGAAGCCGUCGAUCGCAACUUGGCUGACCAUAUCGUCAAUGUACACAUGAACCGCGACGAAGCCGUUCAGCCAGAGCUGAGUACCGAGCAGUUACAGCGCUACAUUCGAUUCGCCCGGACAUUCAGGCCGGUCUUCACUGAUGAGGCCAAGGCCCUGUUAGUUGAGAAAUACAAGGAGCUCCGCUCUAAUGACUCCCAAGGCGGCAAUGGCAGGUCUUCAUACCGCAUCACUGUGCGACAGCUGGAGUCUUUGGUUCGUCUUUCCGAAGCCGUUGCCAAGGCUAACUGCGUGGAGGAGAUCGUACCGAGAUUCGUGCAAGAAGCGUAUGAUCUUCUCCGGCAGAGCAUUGUCACGGUUGAAAAGGAUGAUGUCGAAGUCGAUGAUGAUGAACCUGUUAACGCCGCAGGACGUGAUGAGGAUCACGAAAUGGGCGACGGCGAACGUGACCGAGAGGGCGACAGCCCUAUGCGUGAUGACAUGGAAGAACAGCCAGCACCAUCGCGCACAAGGACUAAGAUCACAUUCGAUAAGUACAUGAAGAUUUUGAACCUCGUUGUGCGCCGAGUCAAUGAGGACGAGUCUACAUCUGGCGAGGGGGUAGAAGAGGAGGAUCUCAUUGUCUGGUACUUGGAACAGAUUGAAUCGGAGCUGGAGAACGAGGAAGAUCUGCAACGAGAGCGCAGUUUGGCAGUCAAGGUUUUGAAGAGGAUGGUUAAGGACAACAUCCUCAUGCCCAUCCGAGGAGAAGGCCUGGUUGAUGCAGCCGAUGGUGACCAAGAGGUCUCCCACCGCACGGUUUACGUUCUGCAUCCCAACUGUGCGGUUGAUGACAUUAUGCUCCCGGAUCCUAAUAGCAAGCGGAGAUGAUUAUAAGCAUUUAAGACGGAGUAAUACUGAUCACGAGUUAUGAGGUGUGCUUGUGCAUUGUUCAUUUGGGUUAGAUGUGGAUUUCUGUGGAUAUCUCGGAUUAGAUUAAUGGGUUCGGCGUGUACGGUAUGAGGACACUUAUUACAAUCAGUGCAAACGAACAGCCUGUGUUUUCACUAUUCCAAGGGGUUCGCUGAUUGAAU